AUGAGCAUUCAACUUGCAAUAAAUGCUGCAAAAAACAAAAAUAAUCGAAAAAAAAUAGACGUAAUCUCCAGCAAAAGAAAACAACUUAAAGCUAAUUCAAUUGCGGCCACUAAUUCAGUUGCAGCUACAAAUUCUAAUCAAAGUGAUCUGUAUAAUAUAGAUCUUGAUCAUGAUA